GGAGGGGACCCAAGUUUCCCAACUCCUGUUCCUGAAUUUUUGACUUUCUCACUCUGCACCCAAGAGCAUCCUUCAGGGCCAAAUCUCCCCAACCCCAGCGCCCCUCUUCAGCUCCCCCCACCCUCCAUCUUCUGAAAUAGCCAGUUUCGCCUGCAGCAGAGGAUUUGCGCCAAUGCGCGAGUAGGGAGUUGGCGGGGCCACACCCAGUCCCGGCCCCUGUCCAGCUCCAGUUACUGCGGCCUCGGACUGCUCCGUCCUCCGGCCUCUGCUUGGGCACCCCCUCCCCCACAAAACUCCGGGCUCCAACCCGAGCCCCCAAAGCUCCAGAAAGCAGAGAAAUGCGCAGCCCAAGCGCCUCACCUGGAAGUCUGGCCACCCCUUACUCACCGAGAACUACCUGUCCUGCGGGCCAAAAGGAGCUCUCCAAGCGGCCCAGUCGUGAGCGUGGAGCGGAAUCCUGCGAGCUCGAAUCUACACUUCGCAGCGCACGGUACAGCGGAGGAGGAGAGGCCACCCGGGACUGCGGCUCAGCUGUCCUUCUCUUGGCUCCCUGGUCGCCUCCGCCUCCUCCCGACCCCCCUCCUCCCAUGCCACGUGCUCCAGCAUCAACCAAUCCCAGCCAGGACCCUCAGCCCUCCCCCCCAAAAUCUCACUGUCAGAGAUCUAGCACAAGGGGACUAGAGGCCAAGGCUAACUUGUUCAUACGCUGCAGGGUUACCGUUAUUCUUUCUUUUCCCCUCUGGUAAACUGCAUCAUAAAACAUAAAGACAAAGAGGUACUUACUUACUCCCUAGCGUCAUGAAGGCUCUCCCAUAAAAAGUCCCAAAUUAAAGGAUUACUUGAUUGUGGCAAGGUUUCCCAAAUUCUUCUCCUAGUCGGGAGUUAGGAGCCUACUUGCAACGAACUUUGGGAAACUGUAAUGCCUUCCAGGACAACCACACACAAUAGAAAAACGAGGUGGAUGAAAAAAAAAUAUUGCUCAGAUUAAGACAGAAGUUUGACCAGAAAGUCUUUUGAGUUAGUCCAUUAAUAGGGUUUUAAGACUGAAAGAUACAUUAAAUAUUAUUUUUUCCAAACU